AUGGGGAAGGUUAAGAAGACUGUCUUUCCAGCACAUGACAGCAAAGAGAUGUUAGCAAAUAGAUUUUGUGAGUUUUUUACUGGAAAAUUUGAAACGAUCAGAUCGGAACUUAGUAAAUCUAAGCAAGUUAAUGUUAGCGAGGCACUGAAGAGUGAUAUUCAAUAUGUGGGUCAGAAACUUGUUGAUUUCUUUGAAGCUACAAAUAAGGAGAUCUAUGUCAUCAUGGGAGCACCAACUAAGUCUUGUGAGAAUGACCCAAUCCCAACAUCUUUACUUAAACCAUGCAUUGAAGAGUUGCUUCCCUUAAUAACAGUGAUAAUAAACAAAUCAUUAUCUGGAUCUUCAGAACCGACAACCUUCAAAGAGGCUAUAAUUCGCCCUAUUCUGAAGAAACCGGAACUUGACUGUAAAGAACUGAAAAAUUAUAGACCAGUUUCCAAUUUACCAUUUAUUUCAGAAAUACUCGAAAAUGUAGUGUCAAAAAGACUAAAGCAUCAUCUGGAAAUGAACAAUCUACAGGAACCACUGGAGUCAGCAUAUCGAGCAUGCUACUCUACAGAGACGGCACUCCUCCGAGUCCAUCAUGACAUUUUAUCGGCGCUUGAUAAAAAUUCCUGUAUGGCCCUAAUGAUGCUAGACUUGUCUGCUGCGUUUGAUGUGAUCGACCAUACCAUCUUACUCAGACGUCUCAGGUUCUCUUUUGGGAUUUCUGGGGCAGCUCUGGAAUGGAUCGAAUCCUACCUGACACAGCGCACACAAAGAAUAGUCAUUGGUGGGAGUGCUUCCGAAGAUCUUGUUUUGCGGAGUACCACAAGGCUCAGUGCUUGGACCAGUCUUAGUCAGCUUAAAAGAUCUUUUACACACCAACUUGAUUUUGAUGGUUCUGUCAUCUGUAAAUCAGAUUGUGUGAAGAAUUUGGGAGUGUUUUUCAACAAAUCACUUACCAUGGAGAAUCAGAUUAGCGCAGUGUCCAAAUCCUGUUUUUACCACCUACGAAAUAUUAGUCGAAUUCGUCCAUUCAUAACAGAAGAUGCUUGUAAGACUCCAAUUGUCGCUCUAGUUACAUCAAGACUUGAUUAUGGAAAUGCAUUACUCUAUGGAAUUACAGAGACAAAUAUAUCACGGCUACAGAGAGUACAAAAUACGGCAGCAAGGAUUGUCACCCGAACUAAGAAGCAUGAUCAUAUCUCCGAAGUCCUGAUAUCUCUUCACUGGCUUCCAGUUAAAUUUGGAACAUAUUAUAAGAUCCUUUUAUACACUUUCAAAGUACUCCAGGGGACAUCACCAUCAUACCUAAAGGAACUCAUAACAGUCGAUAAACCGUCAAGAACUCUACGCUCGUAUGACUCUAAACAACUUGUGAAACCUCGUGUUCGCACGAAGACAUACGGAACGCGUCGUUUUGACCAUGCAGCAGCAACUUCGUGGAAUGGUUUACCGGAUGCUCUCCGGUUCCAGACGUCACUUUUAGCUUUUAAGCGAGAUCUUAAGACUCAUCUUUUUAAGAUAGCAUACGACGUGUAA